GUGGACUAUAGUACGACACCGUUUAAUAGAGUCACAGACUCCCAAUGGUAUAUACCGUUUAAAAGAGCUAGAGGAAAAGAGCUAGAGGUAACGUACAAGGUUAUUAUUUACCUCCCUUUCAAGCAAUCCGAUUGUCGAUUGAAGGCUGAAGAAGGCUCAGAAAACUCCCGUUCUCUCCUCCAACCAUGGAAAGCGAAGCUCAAGAGGCCAAUCCAAACAGCAAUAACAACAACGAAGGGUUAGUCGCAGCUUUCUGUGAGAUCACCUCCUCGUCCAGAGAAGAAGCCCUUUUCUUCUUAGAGAGCCACAAUUUCGACCUCGACGCCGCCGUUUCCACCUUCCUCGACGACCCCACCAACAACGACGAAGACGUUGUCCACGCUAACGCAGAAACUGACGCUGUCGUUACGCACCCGACAGUUCCCCCACGCUCCCCGUCGCCACAUUCGGAGCCGGAGUCGCCCGACUACUCUCCCUCGCGGUCGCGGUCCCGAUCGGCGUCCCCGAAGCCGUCUAGGGCUCCGUACGAACUCCGGUCGAAGCGGGGAAAGAGGAAGCAGAAGAAGAACAACAGGUCAUCCCGGAGCCGUAGUACUACACGUGGUAACGUCCGUACGCUCUCCGAUCUGAACCGGUCGGCUCCGGAUGAGUUUGAUAUUAGUGACGACUCCGAUGAGCCUCAGGAGUACUACACCGGUGGCGAGAAGAGUGGAAUGCUGGUCCAAGAUCCUACAAAGCCCAAGGGUAAUGAUGUGGAUACAAUUUUCAAUAGAGCCAGACAGGUUGCUAUUGAAGAACCUGCUGAUCACCUUCGACCAUCUUCAAGCUCAAAAAGUUUCACUGGAACGGCACAAUUACUCUCAGGAGGUACAGUGUCAUCUGCACUUCAGCCACCUGAAGUUGUCAAUCACACUAUCACUUUUUGGAGAAAUGGGUUCUCUGUGGAUAAUGGUCCUUUGCGAAGGUUUGAUGAUCCUGCAAAUGCAUCCUUCUUGGAGAGCAUCAAGGAGUCUGAGUGUCCAGAGGAGCUUGAAGCCCCAGAUAGCAGAACUGCUGUACAUGUUGAUCUUGUGAAGCGGGAUGAAAACUACCCUGAGCCGGCAAAGCGCCGCAUACCUUUUCGGGGAGUAGGAAGAACUUUAGGUAGCACAGCUACCACCCCUGCAACAUCUGAACCCACUGUUGCUGACACUUCCUCUAACAUUACUCCAUUGCCAUCAAUGGGUUUAGUGGUCGAUGAGUCAUUGCCAUCAACUUCUAUUCAGCUAAGAUUGGCUGAUGGUACGCGCAUCGUUUCUCGAUUCAACCUCGACCAUACAAUCAGAGACAUCCACGAUUUUAUUGAUGCAUCAAGACCUGGUGGAGUUGGAACGUACCAACUGCUGACAAUGGGGUUCCCUCCAAAACAACUUGUCGAUCUGGACCAGAUUAUAGACCAGGCCGGCAUUGCCAAUUCAGUUGUCAUCCAGAAGUUCUAGCUGGUUGCAUCGGUGCUAACCUAUUUAGCAUUGAAUUAUCUCACAUACAACCAUGAUAAAGACUUUCUAGUUCAUUGUUGUACAUAAAUUGUUUCGUUAGGGAUUUGAUUCAUAAGCUUUCCCCCCAUUGAAUACA